AUGGCUGACUUCGAUGAAGAUGAUCUAGCAGACUACGAUAACUAUUCAGGGGAAGAAGAAUUUAAUGAAGAUAAUCUAGAUGACCAAGAAUAUGAUAAAUUAUAUGCAUGUCUUCCUAAGUUGAAAGAAGGCAUGAAAGACUAUAAUGAUGAGAUACUUGAGAUAGAUUUAAAAGAAGCCUUAUAUUUCAACUACUAUGAAAUAGAAGAAGCCAUUAAAGAAUUAAAAUCUAAGUAUCCAAAGAAGAAGACCAAAAACUCAGUUGAUGAAAGUGCUCAACAAUCAGGCAUUGAAAGUAAACCAGCUGGAAGCGGUUCAAAGUUGGCACAGUUAGCCAAAUCAAGAGCCAAUGCAAAACUAGUAGCUCCAUCUACAAAUCAAUCAAACGCUAGUUCCAGAUUAGCUGCUUUAGCUAAAGCUAGAAGUGGACAAAAGACGAAAGAAGAAAAUAAUAAUGAUCAAACUAAUUCGUCGAAUAAAUCCCUUGCGAUAUUAGGUAGAUUGCGUUCUUCAACAGCGAUGGAUACGGAGAAGACUCCUUUAAGGUUGUCUUUGUCUAAAAAAAGUGGUAUUAAAGCUAGACCUGUUUCUCGUUUAAACAAAUUACGGCAUGACAGAGAACAAAAGCAACCAGUCAUAGAUAAACCUCAAGAGAUUGAAGUAGGAGAUGUCGAAGUGCCGCAAAAAGUACUUCAUGAACCGAAAAUGAGCUUUAAUAUUGUUUAUGAUGACUCAAUUUUAUUAAAAUUUCCAAAUACUCCCGUUUCUUUAUUUUUGUUCAAUAAAAGAAGGCGAGACGGGGACGUAGAAAAUCAUUUGUUAGAAAACAGAAUUAAAAGAAGACAUCAUAGUGACGAAUUAUUUCAUCCACUUACUAACAAUGAAAUAGAUAUAGCUACUGCCAAGAAAGUUAAAUCUAAUUUUGAUGAGCCUAGUCCAGAUGAUGAGGUCAUGAAUGCCCAAAAGAAUGCAUUUGAGAAGAAUAUGGGAAAUUUAAAGAUUUCUGAGGAAAAAAACAAUAGUUCAUCAACUGUCGAUACAAUUGCAGAAAGACAGGCACCAAAAAAGACUCAACCCUAUAAGAAAAUUGACUUGUCUCAGGAAUUAUCUACGUAUAAGACUUAUUUAAAACCCCAUAAAUCGUUCGUUGUAAUAGGACAUGUUGAUGCAGGAAAGUCUACAUUAAUGGGUAGAUUACUUUUUGAUUUGGGGGUUAUUGAUGCGAAAACAGUCAACAACUUAGUAAGACAAUCAGAGAAAAUUGGCAAAGGUUCAUUUGCACUUGCAUGGAUUAUGGACCAAACGAGUGAAGAAAGAUCUCGUGGAGUUACUGUUGAUAUAUGUGCCACUAAUUUUGAAACUGAAACUUCCAGGUUUACCGCUAUUGAUGCUCCAGGACACAAAGACUUUGUUCCUCAAAUGAUAAGUGGUGUUUCUCAAGCAGACUUUGCUUUAUUAGUAAUAGACUCUAUUACUGGGGAAUUCGAAUCUGGAUUUACAAUGGAUGGGCAAACAAAGGAACAUACGAUCCUUGCUAAAAAUCUAGGAAUUGCGAAAUUAUGCGUAGUAGUAAAUAAAAUGGAUAAGGAGGACUGGUCAGAAAGAAGGUUCGAAGAGAUCAAAUUUCAAAUGACUGAAUUUUUAACUGGCUCAGAUAUUGGGUUUUCAAGCGACCAAAUAGACUUUAUACCUAUUUCAGGAUUGACAGGGAAUAAUGUUGUUAAAACAGAUUCCUCUCUCAAAAAUUUUAACUGGUAUACGGGUCCUACAUUGAGUAGCUAUUUGGAAAGUGUUGAAUUGCCUGACCAUGCACUUGAUGAUGAUUCGAUAGCCAGAUUAACGAAAGAGGAUUUCAAUAUGUCCAUUAAUGACAUCUACAGCAUUUCGAGCUCCGAGUUUGGUGUUAGUGGUAAAAUAACGUCCGGUAUGAUUCAAGCAGGUGAAACGGUUUCUAUUUCUCCUAAUCAGGAAUUUUUACAAAUUCAAUCAAUGUCAAUUCACGAGAAACCUGUGAAUGUGGGUAUAAGCGGUGAGAUAGUUCUGAUGAGCUUCAAGAUUAAUCAACUCACCAAUAAGACUUCUGAUGAUUUGAACAUUGGUGACUUAAUUCUGAAAUUAGAUUCUCCAAUAACAGCUGUUAAAAGCUUUGUUGCCUCAAUACAUUUAUUCAAUAUGAAUAAACCGCUAUUAGUUGGAACUCCGUUCGUCUUAUUUAGGAAUAAUUCUCAUAUUCCUGCUAGAAUUUCGAAAAUUAUUGAAAUUGAGGGCUCGAAGAAAAAGAAGAAGCACUUGAUUUCUAAACAAUCUGCAACAGUUGAGAUUACCGUACAAGGUGAUAGAUUAUUACCUGUUACAAGAUUCAGCGAUAAUAAAAUUUUGGGCAGAGUAGUUCUUAGAAGGGAAGGUGUUACUGUAGGUGCAGGUAUAAUUAGCGACUUUUGA